UUAACUAAACGUCAUUUUUCAUGAAAAGAGUGGAAGUUCAGUUUACAGGGCGUAGACACGAUGGUAUAAUUUUUUUCUAGCAAAUAUUGCAUACACGCAGGCUGAUUAAGCGAUAGGGCACAAAGCGCCGGAAAACGAACGUUGGAUGCCACUACCACCGAAAAUCCCGUUCAAAACAACAACAACCGGUAUGCCAGCCGAGCACGAGAAGCAUUCGUUGUUGCCUCUUGGUUCAAAAAUAAAUGUUACCGAGAGAAUGCACAGCAUCCCGGUGCACGGAGCAGAAAUCGAAGAGAGCGAGAGUUUGGCUACCGAAAUUCGGCCAAAUCAAAUCGCAGCACACCGGGGUAGCCACCGAGCGCUGCAAAGUCAGAGCUCCCAGACGAAAAGCAUCAGCCCGCGUGGCCGCAUCAAGCAGUCAAACCGACGACGACGACAAAAGACCGAAAGACCGAGCGCCGUGGCGAGACGGAAAAUAGCGCCGUUUUUUUGUUCGAAUCGGAUGUGUACGGGGCGUGCGUGUGUGUAAGUGUGCGUGUUUUUGUGCUUGUGUGGGUGCGCGUGCGUACGAUCGAUAAACGUGUGUAGAUUGAAAAACGCAACGAUGAAGCAAUAGGGAAAUUAAAGCAAAUCACAAAAAUAAAAUUACUUUUGGCAUCGGUAUUUUGACAAAUCGAAUGAAAGCGAAACGCGCCCUCGACACCACAUCAACAGGUGCCGCGGAAACGGUGUGUAGCGAGAAAGCACUCCGAAACCCGAUCCAAGUAGCCCGACGGAGCAGUAGAAGCGAGAUUUGAAAUUUGUACUAUCUGUCAGUUUGAUUUGACAGUUACGGUCGUUUCGGGAGUCCGAACUGACCGGGUUCGUGUGUACCGUCGGUCAAUGACAGUUGUGUUCUUCGUCCUCGGGCAGCGGAGUCCUUUCUCGACACCUCAUCCUUAUCCGCACGCACAUCCACGCCCCCCCUCCCUCUCACACAGCCUCUAACCUCCUGAGUGAGGUUAGCGCGGAACCACAAAGUUGAACGCGUGCGCACCCGUGCUCCCUCGCAUUGUCUCGCUCUGACCUGGUAGAAUUUUUCAACCCUCGUAAAUAAGGGCCAUCAACAUCUAUAGCGGCCAGCCAGCCAGCCAGCCAACCUGCCAGCCAAGCCAGCAUCAUCGGCCAUCGCGCUUUUUCUCGUCGUCGGUUAUUGAUUAGUGUGCCCGUGUGCAGGCUUCUCGUGUGUGGCGUUCGCGUGAGGGCGUUUAAGAAUCCUCGUCGGCUCGUAUUCUCGGUUGGGGUGGUCCAAAAAUUUGUGUAUGUGUUCCGCGGAGUCGUGCAUGAAUCAAACGGUGUUUGAAAGUUAAAACCAGCAAUCCGUGUGGAGGCAGUGAAAAUCGCCAGCCGUAAGUGUAUCUGCACGAGAAAGAAAGCGAAGAAAAAGCAUUGCAUGAGUGAAGAGGUGCUGCACACGAAAAGGUGAAGAAGUUGUGAGAAGAUACCAUUGAGUCGGAAGCCGAAACCGCGUGACCAGCCGCCGUAGCCUGUGUGUCUGCUUGGUAGAGGAGCAGCUUCUCGUGAUACACCCGUGCCCCCGCAAAAGCCGUCAAAAUUACGCAGAACACGCAGAAAAUGUCCUCGCUGGUGCUGAGGAGCCUCUCGAUACUGCUCGGGCUGUUCUUCAUAUUCAUCGGCAUCAUGAAGAUAUCGCCACACCUCAGCAAGGACCUGCAUCGAGAUUUGCGCAAGAACUACGUCAAGUAUGCGAAAGUGUUCCCGCUCUCGACACUGCUGGAGUUCAAAAUACCCUCGAAAUGGUACCGACGAUCGGUCGGCGGGCUGGAGGUGCUGUGCGGGUUGGCGAUGGUGCUCAUUCCCAGCCAUAAAAUAAAAAAUGCGGCCAACAUAACGCUUCUGCUGUUGAUGUUCCUGGCCGUCUACUCGCACUACAUGGUAAGCGAUCCGUUCGAACGGUCCGGCCCGGCGCUCGUCUUCACCUUCAUGCUGAUCGGACGGCUAGUGAUAUGGUAUCAGGCAAGCAGACGGGAAGCAGCCCUAGCAGCUGCUGCACAGCCCACUGCCAACGGACUGAAGCAGGAAUAAGGUGGCAUCAUGCCCAUGGUAUCCUGUCCGCGGCUACUGAUCUCAGUUCCCUAGACCGUAUGAUGGAGAGCACGAAACAGAGAAAGAGAGAGAGAGAGAUCGAGAGAGAGAAAAUGGACAAAUUCUUCAUGCAACCAAUGCAAUACAACUCUGUAAAGCGAUUGAUCCGAACCACACACACAGCCACUGGAGCGAGCGCUGGAUGUAUCGUUUUGUAAGGAGCUUUUGUAACACAACCACACACACACACACACGUAAUGAACGACUACAAGUGGAAAGCGACAUGAAAAACGUGCAAAACGGUUUCAUUCGGUGUUACGAAACGGAAAACAGACAGAUUGACGGGCUUCUGCAUCCCGAACGAACUACUGCAGGACAGAGAGAACAGAGAGAGAGAGAGAGAGAGAGAGAAGAGCAGCGAGAAGAUUUACCAACAACGAAACAACAUAUUUAACCGCGAUUAACUAUCGGCAUCUCGCCGGAAAGAAGUGUAGACUAUUUUCUUUUGGUUUCGGACGGCAAACUAAAUUGUACGACAAAAGGAUAUUACAAACAUUACUAUGGUUUAGACGUGUUAUACGUUUCCGGGGUCGGUUCUUGAAAAAGGAUACUCUUCUGUCCUGCCGCUUACAGGAGAAAACAAGACGAACAAAAAAAAAACGAAAUGCGGUAGCGGUAUGUGUCCGUAGCGGUCGGUCUCUGCUGUUUUCUUUUUAAAAUGUGAUCACAAUAAAAACAAAAUACAAGGGAAAACACUAUUCUCUAGUCAGUUUGCGAAUAGUUUUACCUUACAUUUUACGAA